AUGCAAUUAAAGUGUGCAGAAUACUUAAAAGAAGCUGUAAUUAUAUUAAACAUUAUAUAAGGUAACUACAAAUAACGAAUAAGCAAGAUAUACCUAUAUGUCGAAAGCAUGCAAAUAAAUUGCACAAUUAUUACCUUUUUAGUCCAUGUGGCAUCUGCUUUUAAAGUAAGAUUAGUUGUUUUUUUAUAUGUUGAUGUUAUAAUCAAUGUUUGGAUAGAAUAUCAAGAUGCUAUUAGAGUUGAUUAUAGAAAGAUUUGCACCUAUCACUUAGUUCUAAAUUUAAUUUCUGAAUGCAUGCUCACAAAUAUUCUAACAGGACACCAAUUAUCUAUCAGAUGUAAUGAAGAGCCAUAUUUCAGGAAUUUAUUAAGAGUGUAUAAUCUAACUUUAGUUCUUUAUAAAGCAAAUUCCAAAGAAUGAUUCGAGCGAAGGUUAGUCAGUUGCAGAAUAAAUUACAUAAGCUUAUAAAGCAAUUUUGUCGAAUAUUCAUGAUUAAAAAGUUACUUUGGAACUCUACAAUAGUUUGUAAGGAAUUGUGAAUAAAUGGCCUUUAAUACAUGAAAUGAAUCCAUUGAUUUUCCACGAGAUUGAGGAAAUAAUAGCCACAAGAACACCAAGAACAGUUGAAAUUCAAGUUAUUGAAGAUUAUCUCGAAUGUGAAUCUCCAACAAGAUCUAACUCUAUCCGAAAAGAAAACUAGGUUGUAGUUGAAUUAUAGAGAUGGUUGAGUAAAGUAAACUACCCUAUACCUAUAAUUUCAAAAAAAAUCGCAAGUAGUGUAAUUAAUUCUUAAAAUAUGUUCAAACUGAAAGACAAUAUAGAAAUUAUGUUGUCUUUUAUUUAUUGCCCUUUAAAGUAUGAUCCUGCUAAUUGCGUAAUGAAAUUUGUUUAAUUUUAAGUGGUCUAGAAUAGAAUUGAAUAGAACCAUCAAUUUGAAAGAUAUUCCAAACCUGAAAGAUUGUUUGUCUCUAAACUCACCAGCUCAACUUUAUCACAUCCGUUCAAUACGAUCAUUGUAAAGUUUAACAGAUGAUGAAAAUCAUUCAAUCAUAGCCAAAGUCAAUCCUGCAUAUCUAAAAAUAGCUUGUAUCUAAUAUUAUUCUAUAUUCUUAGUCUCCUAUCUAUCUUAAUGUAUUAAUGAAGACUAACUAAAGUACUGUAAUUUUAACCAUUUAACUCAAUUGCUUACUUUCUAUCUAGAAAAAGAAUAGGAUAUUUCAGUGUACUUUACACUAUAUUACAAUAUUCCCUAUGCAUUCUUGUAUUAUAUAAAUUAUGAUCAGUCCUCUUCUUUUUUAAUUCAUUUAUUCACUUAGAUCAAUUUAUUGAUUCAUACUCCAUCUGAACAUUAAUAAUUACUGUAUAAUUAGGUGUGGGAGUAUUUUAAGGCUGCAGACUUAUUUACUGAAUUGAUUAAUAUUUUGGUGAAUCCAAGUUUUAAGAGUGACUUAUUAUUAAAAUGUUCGUAAAACUUUAGGAAUAAUAAGAUGUUGGAUGUAUUCACUAUUAAUCCAGAUUUUUAAUUGAAAGAGAAAGUAUAUUAAUAGAAUGACAACAACAAUUUUAAUUAUAUCAUUGAAGAAAAAGCUCAUCUAAGAUGGGACAUUGAUUAACUUAAGCAUUUUGUACACAAAAAAACAAUCAAAUAACUAUCUUUUUUUAACAAAUCAGCUAAUAAUAUUAUACCUUUAACAAUUGAAAAACCUGCUUCAAUGAUGGAUGUAAUUAGAUAAGCUAUUUAAAAUGCUGAAAUCAUUACUGAACCGCAUAAAAAGAGGCAAUCUCGGGAAGGAAGAGAAAGAUUAAUUGUACUUAGAAGUGCAUCAGUUAUGUUCGAUUUAGAUGAAUAGGAUUAGGUGAAAGAUCCUUUUGUUCCUUAUGAUUAUAAUCCAAAUCCUCUAGAAUUAAGAGUAGAAACAAAAGAGAGCAAUAAUAAGUAUGAUUAGAAAUCUUAAUCAUUUAUGAAAGAAAGUUCAAAGACUAUGUUCAAGAAACAUUCAAGAAAUAUGUCUUUUUAAUUAUAUCCUCUAUCCUUAAAGGAUGUGAUUCAAGGGAAAUGGGAUUAAGAGUAAUAAUCAGUUUAAUUUUAAAUUGAAAGGUAACACUCCUUAUAAUUCUUAGUUUAAUCAAAGAAGAACCUUUUUGUUACAACUUAACCUAGUUUUUGUCAAUUUUAGUUUAACAUUUAAUUCUAUCUAAUCAUAAAUUACUUUAAUAAAAAAACCAUUCCAUUGAAAAAAGAGAUAUAUUUUUAGGAAUGAUCUUAUUAGAUUAGACUUCAUCCAUGUUCGACAAUUUGAUUAAAGUAAAGUAUUUAUGUUAAUAUAGAUUUAUUUGUUUAAAAUCAAACUUAGUCCAUAUGUUAAAGAAAAUAGUGCCAUCUUAUGCGGAAAAUUGGUUAAUUUUCUCAUCAAACAAAAACCAGAGUUUAUUAAUUUCCAAGAUAAUGGUUAAAUUUAUAUUGAUUAUUUGUGUAAAAUACUCAUAAAUUCUUUAACUUGGAAGAAUUCUAAUGCCACCAAAAUAGAUUUAGAUAUUAGUAAAAUUUUACUCUGUGAAACUCUAUGUUUAUUAAUAGAAACUGGAAUUGAAAGAGGGUAAUCCAAUUUAUUGAACAGAAUAACUGCGACUACAUGGAGUUGUCUAAUUGAAAUAUGUAGGCAAUGUCUAUCUACAAGACCAAAUUAAAUAUUUUAGGGUCUUUUUCUUAGAAUAUUAAAAUUAAAUAUGGAAUUCGGAUCAGACUUUAAUAUUCACACUAUCUUUAUGAAAUUGAACUUAUUAAGCAUUCUUAAACAGCUCUCAGAACUAACUCAAUAGAAUGGAGUCCCUAAUAAACGAUUUAGCUAUCUGAAUGAAUUCAUUAAGGCUGUUUGCUCUCUCUUAUAGUAUUAUAUCAAUAAAAACCCAUCCAAAGAAUGCUUUAAGAUAAUCUAAAACCUCGAUUCAUGGAAACUGUUAAAGCAAUAAUAUAGGAUACAUUCUCAUCAACAUGCUAGCAGUUUCUAUAGUGUAGAUUCAAGAAUUUUAAAUAACUCGACUCCAGCAACCAGUUAAAGCUUAGCCAAAAUCAGAAUUCGAAAAUCUGCAAAUUCAAAGGUUUGAAAAGAUUAAC